AUGACACCGUUCACGCGAUUGGCGGUGCUGGCUCUAGUGGCGUGUGCGCACGCGCAGUAUCAAGAUGAGCGCUCGCCGCGAUACAUAGCUUCUGAGCCUAAGAGCCCGCCCACCACCCCCGUGCCUAUCCUCAAGCAAAUAAACAGGCACAAUGAGGAUGGCUCCUACACGUAUGGGUACGAAGCCGCCGAUGGAUCGUUCAAAAUCGAGACUAAGGCACCCAACGGAGAGGUUAAAGGCAAAUACGGAUACAAGGAUGAUACAGGCAAGGUCCGUGUGAUCGAAUACGGAGCCAACAAGUAUGGUUUCCAGCCAGCAGGCGAGGGUAUCACUGUGGCGCCACCUACGCUCGUCGAUGAAACUAAAGAGGAGAGACAGAGACAAAAACAGCAGCAACAACAGCCUCAGCAGUCCCGCCGCAACCAAUACCAGCCUGCCCCAGCUCAGACACUAGACUACGACUACGACGACCCCGCUCCACCCCCACCCCGUGCCCCUCCCGUCCCCCCGACACCCGUACAGUACCGUCCCCAACCGGCCCCUGAACCCCGAUACACGGCCCCCCCUCAGCCCCAGUACAGAGCCCCUGUCCAUCAGACACAGCAACAGUUUGGAGUACCAUCUCCCACUCAGGCGCCGCAGUACAGGCCUUCUCCACAGCAAAGUCCUACUCCUCCUAGGCCCGCAUUCUUCGCCGGCGCAGCUCCAGUGCCAGAAGAGAACAGCUUCUUCAACCCCAACCAGCAACAGCCGCAGCCACAACGGAGACAGUACCAGAAACCAAAGCAGGACUUCAGACCUGCUCCUCAGUUCCAGGACUAUAAUGACCCGUACCAGCCUCAACAACCGAACUUCGCAGUUCCCAAGCCAUCUAAUAAGAACCACUUCUCCAUGUUAGAUGAACUCCUCAAGGAGUACGCCCUCCCUGCCAACGGACCCCGAGCUGUCCAUGACAUCACCUUCGGAAGCUACUAG